CUAGUACAAUCUAUCUCUUGAGAUUUCAGUUGGUGUCUAGACUUCGAACAAUCGUCGCUCAUGUAAGUUGUUUGUCUCCGAGGAAAGCAACCUAUUUAGAGCCAAAAUGGCGAACAUGAGGUCAGAUUUUUAUUGGCCAAUCAGCACGCGCGGAACUGACGUGCCCCACGUGGGGAUCCCGCGUUUGAUUGGUCGGCGCGGUGAAGUCCUUUCCGAGCUUUGAUUGGUUGCGUUCGCUUGUUCUCGCGGUAGUUGAGCCCGCGUGUCAGUGGGCAGUCUGUGUGUGGUACUGCGAGUGUUUGAGAAACUAGGCAAAGCGAUUGCGAGCGGCUGGCACGUACGAGGCAAACUUUUCACAAUCAGACAUUUUUAAACAAACAAGCAAAUAGGUAUUGGGAGAAUUUACCAACAGCGGGAAUACUGCGAAUUGUGUUCAAGCGAGAACCGAGUCUUAACUGAAGAAAACAUUCUCGAAGCGAUUGUAGGCGCUGUUUUUUAGGGUUGGGAUUGAUUCCCAACCAGCGCCUAAUACUGUUCGUAUAAAGUCACGAGUGGAGGACUUCGACGUUUCCUCGGUGCAAGGAAUUAUUGCUGUGUUUACAUUCGUGGAAAAGGAUUUUAUGGAGACUAAAGGAUAACGGGGUUAAAUCGGGUAUAAGGAGCGGGAGAAGCGGUGGACGGACUGGGCUUUGUGUGUCCGCGAGUGCAGGGAGGGGUGACCGACGGGCUCUCGCUCAUCUACUCGGAUUACUGAAGAGCGCCACAUCCCUGGAUCUUCACCUCAGAAAGGAUACAUUCAGGAUGUAUCCGCAGGGCCGGCAUCCGGCACCUCACCAGCCUGGUCAGCCAGGCUUCAAAUUCACUGUAGCAGAAUCUUGUGACAGGAUCAAAGAUGAAUUCCAGUUCCUUCAAGCUCAGUACCACAGUCUUAAAGUGGAGUAUGACAAACUGGCCAAUGAGAAGACAGAGAUGCAGCGGCAUUAUGUCAUGUAUUAUGAGAUGUCCUAUGGGCUGAACAUUGAAAUGCAUAAACAGACUGAGAUUGCCAAACGGCUAAAUGCGAUUCUUGCUCAAAUCAUGCCUUUUUUGUCACAAGAGCACCAACAGCAGGUUGCACAGGCUGUUGAACGUGCUAAGCAAGUGACAAUGACAGAGUUGAAUGCCAUCAUCGGGGUACGUGGACUUCCCAAUCUGCCUCUUACCCAGCAGCAGCUCCAGGCUCAACACCUUUCUCAUGCUGCCCAUGUACCCCCGGUCCAGCUGCCCCCUCACCCCUCGGCACUGCAGCCACCAGGCAUCCCUCCAGUCACAGGCUCAGGUUCAGGUCUGCUGGCGCUGGGAGCUCUGGGCAGCCAGGCGCACCUGCCAGUCAAAGACGAGAAGAACCAUCAUGACCUGGAGCACAGAGAGCGGGAAUCUAGCACGAAUAAUUCAGUAUCACCGUCAGACAGCCUGAGGGCCAGUGAGAAACACAGAGGCUCGUCUGAAUACAGUCUGGACCCGAAGAAACGCAGAGUGGAGGAGAAGGACAACAUGAGCCGAUAUGACAGUGAUGGCGACAAAAGUGAUGAUCUGGUCGUGGAUGUUUCCAACGAGGAUCCAGCCACUCCAAGAGUCAGCCCGUCUCACUCUCCUCCUGAGAAUGGACUUGAUAAGGCCAGAGCACUGAAGAAAGAUGCCCCCAACAGCCCGGCUUCAGUGGCCUCCUCUGGGAGCACCCCCUCCUCAAAAGUGAAGGACCACCCACAUAACGACAAGUCCUCCACCCCAGUUUUAAAGUCCAACACCCCCACCCCACGAAACGACGCUCCCACCCCAGGAACCAGCAACACCCCUGGGCUCAGGCCCAUACCCGGAAAACCACUAGGCAUGGAAGCGCUGACAGCACCUGCUCUACGUACACCAUUGUCGAUUGCGUCGCCAUAUGGGGCUCCGUUCGCCAUGAUGGGUCACCACCCAGAGAUGAACGGCUCAUUGACCAGUCCGGGUGUUUACCCUGGCCUUCACAUCUCCCCUCAGAUGAGUGCCGCUGUUGCCUAUGGACGCUCACCUAUGGUUAGACUCCCUGCCUUUAUAUUUUUUGAUUACAUAUACAUUCCUAAAGGUUUGCAGAAGCUUGUUGUCCUGUUCCAGGCCUACUCCUUCCACGUUAGCGCAGAUGGGCAGAUGCAACCAGUACCUUUUCCUCCAGAUGCUCUGAUUGGACCAGGCAUUCCCCGUCAUGCCCGUCAGAUCAACACACUCAGCCACGGUGAGGUGGUGUGUGCCGUAACCAUCAGCAACCCCACGCGGCACGUCUAUACUGGCGGCAAAGGCUGCGUGAAGAUCUGGGAUAUCAGUCAGCCCGGCAGCAAGAGCCCCGUCUCACAACUUGACUGUCUGAACAGGGAUAACUAUAUCCGUUCCUGUAAGCUGCUUCCGGAUGGCCGCACUUUGAUCGUUGGAGGGGAAGCCAGCACUCUGACCAUAUGGGAUUUGGCCUCUCAGACUCCCCGUAUCAAAGCCGAGCUCACCUCUUCUGCCCCGGCCUGCUAUGCGCUGGCGAUCAGCCCUGAUGCCAAGGUCUGCUUCUCCUGCUGCAGUGAUGGAAAUAUUGCUGUCUGGGACCUUCAUAACCAAACCCUUGUCAGGCAGUUCCAGGGCCACACAGAUGGUGCAAGUUGUAUAGACAUUUCCCAUGAUGGCACCAAACUGUGGACAGGUGGACUGGACAACACAGUACGGUCCUGGGACCUGAGAGAGGGACGACAACUCCAGCAGCAUGACUUUACUUCACAGAUCUUCUCUCUGGGCUACUGUCCGACAGGCGAGUGGCUGGCUGUGGGAAUGGAGAGCAGUAAUGUGGAAGUGCUUCAUCACACUAAGCCUGACAAGUACCAGCUGCACCUGCAUGAGAGCUGUGUCCUCUCCCUCAAAUUUGCCUACUGUGGUAAGACACUGUUACUUCACCUUAUAUCUAAUUGUUUUCCUGCUUUCCUCCCUCCACAGUCCAAGGAGUCGUCCUCUGUCCUGAGCUGUGACAUUUCAGCUGAUGAUAAGUACAUUGUGACAGGAUCUGGAGACAAGAAGGCCACUGUGUAUGAAGUGAUCUACUAAAUUCACUGCUUCGCCAGAUGUAAAGACCCAUGUAUGGAGUUUCUCAUUGGGCCUGAUAUUUAAUGGAUUCAAGGGAUCACUCCUCUACUUUUUCCUCCUUUUAUAGUGGGAACCCAGGUUAGGAACUGGUCGGUCCAUUGGGAUCGGUUCCCAGAUGUUUUUAUUUUUAGCGCACCUGGAUUCUUACAGCAGUGGAGCAGUCCUCUACAGAUCCGAGCGGAAACGUGUUAAACUGUCCCAAGGACUUCCCGACCGCACUAAUGUAGUAAAUAUUGUCUUGCCUUUGCUUUCGGUCUGCUCAUGGGAUUGUGUGUGCCUAUUUCUACCGUAGUAUUUCCCCCCUGCCUUCGUACCUUCCUUUUUACAAAAAGUGAACAAUCUGUGAUGUAAUAUGAAGCAGUGCUUCAGUUUUAGCCUCCCGCUCCCUGGACAAUUUGUUAAAAAGUGUAUAUAUGGAGUAAUAAAGACAUUUUAUAAAUAUAUAAUUAUAUAUAUUUCCAUGUCCUGAUAUACUUGUGAUGGGUUUCUUUGUCCUCAUGUCCUUAAUGCUUGAUGAAUGUAGAUUAGGACACACUUUUUCAUUUAGAUUUUUGUAAGCACACUCUCUGGGCUGGCCAUUUGCUAAAAGGCUCAUGUGGAAAACCCCUUCCUGUUCUUGGUAAUUCUUUUUUGCUUUUUGAGCCUAUGUGCUGUUCAUAGAAUUGGGAUCAGACUGGAAUCCUGCGGAAGUCAGAAUACGACGGAAACAGCCCAGAGGAGAGUGAGGAGAUGUUUGUAAAUUGACAGCGAUCUUAAACUUGGAGAAUGACUUACCGUACUACUUUUCUGUGCCCUUUGCAUUGUGUGGCGUCUUGUUGGAAAGAGGAAUUCAGAUAAUGAAGUGUGAUUGUAACAUGCUGACUCGGCGUGGAUCGUACAUUGAUGAGUAACUUGCCAACUGAUCCCAUAAGCGGCCCCACUAUAGUUCGCUGUUGUUGAAAUGGGAUAUGACUCACCCCAGUGAUUUACAGCUUUCCUUUUGCUGUAGAGCUCCACCCUAAUGAGCCUGCAGCCUUGUUUUCACUCACAGAUUGAUGUUAACCUUCUUCUUCGUGAGUGUUCGGAGUCAAUUGGGGAUUCAUUUCUGUACAAGUUGAGCCAGUUUUCUAAUGAAUAUAUUCAUUGCCUGCACUGACUUUGGUGGAAGCUCGGGUGUGAAAGUGUGUGCGCAUGAGAGCGAGAGAGAGAGAGAGAAAAGAGAGUGGCUCUUUUAAACCUGAUCCUGGCUAACCAUUUUUGUGUAAAUGUGGACUCUUUUAACUGUGGGACCUGGAGUGACCUUCAUGGGGCCACAGCAGAACCGGUCACGGCAAACUCCGACUUUAGUACAGUACAAAACCUUGGCCCGCCUGCCUUUCACAACCUCUCAACUUCACACCAAAGUAUGUAGCAAACUGUGUCAGCACUUAUCAUGUACAGUUGUUAAUAAUUCAAUAAACUUUUUUUUUUUUGUAAAACGUGUCAUGAAUGUUGGUUUAAUUGAGAGCACCACUGUGGGAUUUGAAUCACAGGC